CACGCCUGAAUCAAUACCGGGUUUCUCUUCUCUCUCUCCCGCGCUUUCUUUCACCAUGGUUUUGGAUCGCGGAGAGAAUCGAAAUUAGCCGUCCGAUCGUGCGAUUGAUCUCUGCGUUUUCUUCGCCGUACGAUCAUCAUUGACCUUCGUCUUUCCAUUUGAUGGGCUGCAUCUGCUUCAAGCCCUGGCGCCCACCUUCACCUCCCCCGCCGGAUUCCGUCACCAUCCUCGACGAUCCAGAUUCCGGCGGAGUGGCUGUCGGAGAGUGUUGGCAGAGUUUCAGGGAGUUCAGCUUGGAGGAGUUGAGGAUCGCCACCGGAGAUUUCUCCGCCGGUAACAUAGUGUCGGAACACAACGACAGAGUUCCCAACAUUGUCUACAAAGGGAAACUCGACGACGGCCGUACAAUCGCCGUCAAGCGGUUCCAGAGGCUUGCUUGGCCCGAUCCUUUCGAAUUCCUCGACGAAGCACAAGAUGUGGGGAGGUUAGGGAGUGAGCAUAUGGCGAACUUAAUCGGGUGUUGUCUAGAGGGCAACGAGAGGUUGCUUGUUGCAGAGUACAUGCCCAAUGGAACUCUUGCAAAGCAUCUCUUCCACUGGGAGAAAAGACCGAUGAAAUGGGAAACAAGGUUAAGGGUAGCAUUGCAUACAGCCAAGGCCUUGGAGUAUUGUAUUGAUAGGGGAAUGGACUUGUACCACGAUCUUAAUGCCUACCGGAUAUUGUUUGAUAAGGUGGGGAAUCCUAGGUUGUCUUGCUUUGGGCUCAUGAGAAGUAGCCAAGCAGGGAAGAGCUAUAGCUCGAACUUGGCAUUUGCUCCUCCUGAAUAUCUUUGCUUAGGUGCUGUGAUGCCAGAGAGUGUCAUUUUUAGCUUCGGGACAAUACUACUCGAUCUUAUGAGCGGAAGACAUAUUCCUCCUUAUCAUGCGCUGGAUUUGUUCAAAGGCAAAAACCUUUUGGUGCUAAUGGAUUCAGCUCUAGACGGUCGAUUCUCCGAUGAGGACAGGACAGAACUAAUGCAUUUAGCCUCCCGCUGUCUGAGGACUGAACCCGACGAGAGGCCUAGCAUUAAGUUUCUCCUGACGACUCUUACGAGAAUUCAGAAACGGGCUGAGUUAGGGUUUAAUGCCAAAUGGACCGCGCCUUGUCCAUCAUACUACGGUGGCCUGCCCGAAAAGAACGGUGGGACUAAACUCGCGACUCAGCCGUUGUACUUGACGCCUUUUGGAGAUGCAUGUCGGAGAGUGGAUCUCAGUUUAAUACACGAACUUCUGGAGAAACUUGGUUAUAGAGACGAUGACGGGGCCGGUAACGAGCUUUCGUUCCAAAUGUGGACGGGCCAAAUGCAGGAGAAUUUGGACUACAAGAGGCACGGAGACGCCGCUUUCCAUGCCAAAGAUUUCGAAACCGCCAUUGAAUUCUACACAGAGUUCUUGAACGGAGCGGCCGCUGAGUCAGUGACUGUGUUAGCGAGGAGGUGCCUAUGUUACAUGAUGAACGAUAUGUUCCACGAGGCUUUAACCGACGCAAUGAAAGCUCGGGUGGUAUCUCCCCAAUGGCCGAUCUCUCUGUACUUGCAAGCGGCUUGUCUGCUCAAGCUCGGGAUGGAAUCCGAAGCUAAAGAAGCUCUUAGAAACGGUUCUGAUCUUGAAACUCACUAAGCAUUACACAUA